AUGUUCAAGUUGCUCAAAGUGCUGAGUCUAUCAAAAGACAAGGGUUUUCUUCCUGGAAAGACCAAUAUCAAUCCCAAACAUUCAUGUCAUGCUAUUAUGGUGGAAACUGGAGCCAAUUUCGUGGAUUUUGAGAAGACUGCAACUGAUUUUCGCACUGCAGAAGUUGUGUCGGGCGACACCACUGAACUGUGUCGGUCGACACUCAAUAGUGUCGGCGACACCAUUCCCCUGUGUCGGUCGACACCAGAUCUGCCAGAAGAAAUUCUGCAAAUUUCGGAUUUUCAGGCAAAUUUCUGCAAAUUCCAGACUGCACCAGAUCUUACAGAAACGUCCAAAUCAGGUGCAGAAAGAGUCUAUAAGCCUAAAAUUCCUUUUCCAAGAGGUCUAGGAAGUCUAAACAAGAGAUUGAAGAUGCAAAAGUCAAGGCCAUGA